GUACUUUCCAAACUGCACCUGGAUAUCUCCCUUCGCAUAUUCUCAACUUCAAAUCAACUGGUUCAUCGGCUACCCUACCUUCUGGAUCGGAAAGUCACCUCCUCUGUUAUUUUGAAGAAAGAUACAGAUACCCAUCUACAUCGUGAUGGCCAACCAGAAAAUCUGUCGCGAUUUUGCUCGAGAUGGGAAAUGCAAGUUUCGACGCUGCAAGUUUUCACACGAUACUUCCCGCGACAACAACCGUAAUGCGCCUCGCCUAAACACGAAGAGACCCGAGCCACCAGCUAGCGAGAGCGACUUUCGUGCCUGGAGACGAAACUUGUGGGACCCCAACCGGGACUAUCCAUUGGGGCAUCGGCUUGGAAGCUUUCUGCGGGAAGCACAACGAUUGAUCGAUCAAGAUGUCGGGGUGCAGCAAGAGGUGAUCCGCGCCCUGGCCGAGGAAGGCGGCUUGAAGCGCAUGAAGGAGUUGAUCGACGACAACAUCCUGGCAGCCCGGUCCUCUACACAGAAGUCGGUCAUUCUUGAUCAGCAGGUGGUGCCUUUUCUGAACAUCGUAACGCAUCCUGGUGUGCGGAACUCUCUGGUUCUCGAGCAGGCUGUUGGUACGAUCUAUGCUUUCCUCUAUGGCUUGGCGGGCAGACGGGCACUGGACCUGCUGGGCUUCCUGGCAGACAUGCUACCGUACAACAAGGACCAGGUCACGGAGAAUCAGACCAACCGCCUCGAAAUGUCUCUCCUGACAUUCUGGCACAUACUUGAGCUGAAUUCAGAGGCGUACGUCCACGAGGGCCUCAAGCUAUUGGCCAACCGCUUCCAGUCCAUCGUGAAAGAUCAUGAAGUCUCGCAGGCGCAAGGUGCUCUGUACAAUGUCAGGGUCUACUUGCAAAGAAUUCUGCAUCGACUCAGUAUCGGUGCAGCACUUCCAAGCAUAGCUUCCUCUGGACAGCCCACCCCUGAGAGCGACAAGCUUCCCUCGUCAUUCAUCAUCCACCGCACUCCCCCGGGGGGCCGCCACAACAACGAUUCGGCGGACAUCUGCGACAUUCAGAUCCUGCCCACAUCUGAAGAGAUCCUGUCCCCGCACACCGAGUAUCUUCCCGUGAAGGACCCUCGACAGUGGCAUAUCAGCGGUGUCGCCGGGCUCCUGGACCGCAACUUCCGAUUGCUCCGUGAAGACACGGUCGGGCAGUUGAGAGACGUCAUACAUCAUCAGCUUCGCCCCGAAAAUACAGCACACACUAGACAGGGUAACCAAGUCCGGACGUACGCAUAUCUGAACGUUAAGGUGGCUUCCUUGUCCUUUGAUCGACAUGCAGGGCUCCAGUUUACGAUCCGAUUCCGUCAGCUUGCGCAGGUGCAGGGACUGCGUGACAAGCAGCGUGAGGAAUGGUGGAGCCAAUCUAGGCGCCUACAAAGUGGCGCCCUUGUAUGCCUCAUCGAUAAGAGUGGAGGAGACGUACUGUUUUGUACGGUAGCUGAGCCACCCAGGUUGCCGCCCGGCACACCUCAGCCCAGGGAUUCCCCGUCUCUCUGGAAGGAGAAAGAUGUCUCAACCGUCGCUUUGGAAUUCGUCGACCCUACAAACCAUCAUGUGCAGUUCGUUCUGGAUCGUUAUCGUCCGCGUGGCGCAGUCUCUCCCGUCACCCUAGUGGAGUUUCCCGGCAUUCUGCUACCAGCCUUUGCUCCGACAUUGCACGCGCUCCAAAAGAUGAAGCGAAGUGAAGACCUGCCUUUCGCGAACCUGCUGGCUCCAGCGUCCUCCGAAAAUCCGGACCAGGUGGCAGAAGUGCCUCCGCCAGCGUACGCUCUCAAGCCCGGGUUCAAGUUCGAUCUUAGCUGCUUAAUGACCGACGAGACCGAACUGCAUCUCCGUCCCGGCCAGGCUUUUGACUUGGAGAAAUUUCAACAGAAGUCGAUUCUUGAUCCGGCUCAAGCCGUGGGCCUAAUAAACACCCUUCAGCACCAGGUAGGUCUCAUCCAGGGCCCUCCAGGCACAGGGAAGAGUUACACUGGAGUUGCCUUGAUCAAAGUGCUGCUAGCCAAUGCGGCCAAAGCCAAAGCCAAUAUUGGACCGAUUAUCUGCGUCUGUUAUACCAAUCAUGCCCUCGACCAGCUUCUUGAAGAGCUGUUGGAAAAGAAGAUUACGACACAGAUCGUCCGAAUUGGAUCGCGCUGCAAGUCCGAACGCGUCGAGAAAUACACCUUGAGCAAAUUAGCCGACAGGCCUCCGCAGACCAAAGUCGAAAAGAGUUCGAUGUAUCACCUCUAUGUUCAACUCGAGGAGUGUGUAAAGGAAUUCGAUGCUCUACGAUUAUAUUCAGAAGGAUCCGAGGCUAACUUAAAGCGGUUUCUGGAGCGCCAUAACCCCAGUCAUUAUCGCCAGCUUUUCAGCAACGACGAGGAGGGAUGGAUAACUGCGACGUCAAAGAAGGGCAAUAAUGCAUUUCGGCAGUGGAUAAACAGAGGAAUUAAGUCGACGGAGAAGCCCCGAUCUAUCGGUAUCCUCGAGAAUAUAAAACUCGAGCAAAUGAGCGUGAAGGAACGGCAAAUGAUCUAUGAGCACUGGCUCACGGAGAAUAGACGUCAGAAGCACGACAAAGCUAAGAACCUGGUGCAUGAACAAAAGAGGAGCAAGGAAAAACUGAACGAUGUUCGACACGAGGUCGAUCUGCGAUGUCUCCGACAGGCACAGGUUAUCGGGGUUACGACUAGUGGCCUCGCUCGAAAUCUCAAGAUGCUUCGCCGCCUUCAGUCCAAGGUAGUGCUGUGCGAAGAGGCUGGAGAGGUGUUGGAGGCUCAUCUCCUGACAGCCCUUCUGCCUUCCGUCGAGCAUGCCAUACUCAUUGGAGACCACCAGCAACUUCGCCCGCAGAUUCAAGACUACAACCUUUCUCGAGAGAACUACCGAGGUGGUGAACAGUACUCUUUGGACCAAUCAUUAUUUGAGCGACUGGUUGAACCCGGCGAGGAUGGCCCAGGGGUGCGGAUGCCGUUUAGCACGUUGGAAACGCAACGCAGAAUGCAUCCUUCCAUCGCACAGCUGGUCAGAGACACUUUGUACCCUCGCUUAGAAGAUUCUCCCUCUGUUUUGGAAUACCCGGAGGUAUGCGGGAUGCGCCAGAGGCUGUUCUGGUUUGAUCAUCAACACCUCGAAGCCGACAAUUCCAGCACCGAUGCGGUAAACACCUCACACUGGAACGCGUUCGAGGUGGAGAUGACCACCGCACUAGUCGCUCACUUGAUCCGACAAGGCUGUUAUAGAGCGGGAGAAAUUGCUGUCCUGACCCCUUACCUGGGACAGCUCCAUCGGCUACGGCGUCGGCUCAGCGAGUCGUUUUCGAUCGUCCUCGGCGAUCGUGACCAGGAUGAUUUGGAGGCGGCAGGACUAAAUGAAUCAGACGCAGGUAAUACUCCGGUGUCUCGAUCAAAUGCACUACAGACCGUUCGUGCAGCCACCAUUGAUAACUUCCAGGGUGAGGAAGCCAAGGUUGUGGUAAUAUCAUUGGUCAGAAGCAAUGCCCAGAGACGCUGCGGGUUUCUGCGCACCUCUAACCGCAUCAACGUUCUGCUGUCCCGUGCAAAGCACGGCAUGUAUAUCAUAGGUAACGCUGCUACCUCGAUGGAUGUACCGAUGUGGCGCCAAGUCGUGGGGAUCUUGAAGGAUAAGGACAACUUUGGCGCCCAGCUCAAGCUACAAUGCCCACGCCAUCCAGAAUCCCCUAUUGCUGUUUCGGAGCCCGACCACUUCGUGCAAUUCUCCCCAGAGGGCGGCUGCAAUCAGCGCUGUGCCAACCGAUUGCGAUGCGGUCAUGCCUGUAAGCAGAAAUGCCAUUCGACACUGCUCCAUGAUGCGGUCUACUGCCAGGAACCUUGUCCAAGACCUUUGAAGGGAUGCGAUCAUGCCUGCCCGAAGCACUGUGGCGACAAAUGUCCCCAACAAUGCCAGGUGAUCGUGUUCGACGCCAACCGGAAGCUCAGAUGUGGACAUGCUGCAGUGGAGCUCCCAUGUUGGCAGGCGCAAGAUCCGACGCAGGUUAAGUGUCCAGUGCCUGUGGUGAAGCAGUGUGUGGAGCCAUUCUGGCCUGCGGACAUCCUUGCCGACGCAAAUGCUGUCAGUGUACUCGGUAUGAUGGGGACAACAAUGCUCAAGUCAACCAUGGCCGAUGCGAACAGCCGUGUGGUCGCAAUUACUCGACGUGUGCACAUAGCUGUACUCGGAUCUGCCACGAGCCGGAGUCCUGUCCUCCGUGUGAGGCCCGUUGCGAUGUUCAUUGUGGCCAUUCCCAGUGCCCCAACAAGUGCUGUGAGCCCUGCGUUCCCUGCGCCGAGACUAAAUGCCCAUCGUCGUGUCCUCACGGUUCAUAUAUGUGCUGCUCCAGAGGUCAAGGACCGCGUUGUUGAUUUUAUACUCGGCGAGGCAUAUCGGGAGAUAGACCUUAAUGAAAACCCCUGCAUCUUUCCUCGAUGCGGACAUUUCUUGACCAUGGAGAGUAUGGAUGGCCAGAUGGACAUGAAAGGACACUAUGAGUUGGAUGCCGACGGUAAACCAGUCGCGAUCACCGAGUCAUCCAGGCCAUUUUCCGUCGAGGACGUCAAAAGAUGUGCCACCUGCCGGGGAUCUUUACGGGAUAUUUCUCGGUACGGUCGGCUGGUACGUCGGGCCAUGUUGGAUGAGGCCACAAAGAAAUUUAUCUUGUACCUCAACAAUGAAUACGUUCCAAUGGCCCAGGAACUGCCAAAGCUGGUUACCGCCCUACCUGAGGCCAAGAAUUUGGCUGGGUCGCUGGCAAUGUUCCAAAUCGGUGAAGCCAUCCGGGUUGAUGGUUCUGGUAACCAACAAAUCAAACGCUUGGGGGAUCUCAUGAAGAAGAACAAAAUGAAUCGCUGGGAUGGACUCCUCCAAUUGAGGAAGCGCAUGGUCAAAUACUACUCCAGGGUUCAAGUCGAAGAGCAACCCUUCAGUCGCGUUCAGUACCUGGUGGAGCAUGCACGGCGGCAGAAAGAAUCCCAGGGGACGUUCAAGUUCAAUGAAAGUGUGUUGCAAACGAAGGGUGUUUUGCUAGCACGAGCACUUCUCAUCCGGUUAGACAUUGCACUGCUCGGGGACUUUCUCUCGCUUUACAACGUUGCAACUCCACUGUCAACACGGCGUGAGCUUUUGGUCGAUCUGCAGAAAAAUAUGGAUGACUGCCACAGCCUCAUCCAGCUAGCCGGUGACCUGCAUCGAGUUGCCCAUCAAGCUGAGGGCUACAUCUUCCUGGCGCAGCUCUGUGCUCUGCAGCGAUCACACAUAAAAGAUAUAGCGGAUGCUGAGCGUCGGCUUACCGAAGGCUGCGAAGCUCUAGAUGCUGCCGAGCAACUUUGUAGGCAGUAUCCAGGCCAAACCCAGGGGUUUUCGGAAGAGAUUGAGAGCGCCAAGGCGAUGUUAAGAGGCUCAACAUUCUAUAGCGCCGUCUCCAACGAAGAACGAAUGGCAGUGAUCACGGCCAUGAACCGCGAAUUCAUGGGCAUUGGCCACUGGUACUAUUGUCCAAACGGGCAUCCAUUCACGAUCGGCGAAUGUGGAGGGGCGAUGCAAGUCUCAACGUGUCCCGAGUGUGGUGCCCCAGUUGGGGGCCAGGGACAUCAAACGGUCGACGGAGUUAUGCGUGCAAAUGACUUGGAAGCGGGACUAGCAAGUCUGAGUCUUGAAUGA